AUGCAAAGCCCUCGAUCUCAAGGUGCCUCCUCAGCAUUACGCUGGUGGAUUAUGGCAAUUCCUACUUUACCAAUCAGCUAUUACGCCUUCUAUUUCAUAUUUUACACUCCACCAACUGGCCUUCGCACGAAGAUACGCCUCCUAUCAUCGAUUUACGGCUAUAUCCAUAUCAUCUCAGGUGGUCUGGCAAUCCUCCUAGGUCCGAUCCAAUUUGUUGAGAGAAUUCGUCGAUUACAUCCUCGGGUACAUCGAUGGGUCGGACGGGUUUACGCGGUAUCAAUUUUCGCUAGUGGCUUAUGUGGUCUACAUGUUUCCAUGAACAGCGCCGCAUAUCCCAUCGGUGAUUAUGGAUUUGCGGUUUUGGCCAUUGUGUGGAUGGCAACGAUGAUCAUGGGUCUUCGCACUAUCUGGAGUGGGGAUGUUUCUGGCCAUAGGGACUGGAUGAUACGCAAUUUUUCGUUGACUUAUGCUGCUGUGAUGCUGCGCUGGCAACUUCCGCUGUUUAUCUUUUCUGGAUUGACUCCGCCGGGGGCUUUGACCGUCAUCGCCUACUCUUGUUGGAUUCCCAAUCUGAUUUUUGCAGAAUGGUACAUCGGGAAUAGGAAGAAUCGAAAGUUGGCCGUCGAAUAG